UGUGUCCUUGGGCAAGACACUUAACCCAACAUUGCUCCUCUAGCUUCGACUACAGUGUGUGGAUGUUAGUUACUGAUAUGCAGGUGUCACUCUGGGGCGGACUUACCAUAAUGCGAAACUAGGCGGUUGCCUAGGGCCCCAAGUUCCUGAGGGGCCCAGUAAAAAUCCUCAUACACUUAUGGUUAAUAAAGUUAUUACUUAUUUGCACAUAUUAAUUAUAUUUAUGAUUAAAAUUCUCUCGCUAAAAUGCCAGCGGAAUGCGUAUUGUAUUAUGUGUGUGUCGAGGCCCCCCCUUCAGUGUCCACUACAUUGGAUCAGUCCAUCUUUACUGCGCAUGUGCAGAACGGAUCCAAGAAACCGGCAAAACGAAAACCAAACGGCUAGUGAUGGGACGUUCGGAUCUUUUUACCGAAUCGGUUCUCUGAAUCUCGUUCACUAAAAUGAUGAUAUUUUCGAGUCAUUCGUUCAUGUCGGACGAGUCAUUUGUUGACGGGGGGGGGGAGGAAGCGAAGCUACCCCUGCGGUGCUGAAAAGGAGAGGAAGAAACCCAAACAUUUACGUCAAAGUUGCAGAAAGUGACACGUUUCUUCACUGCUCCUGCGGCAGCGGCCAGCAGCAGCAACCCACAACCUGGUCAACCGACGUCGAGUGAGUAACAAAACUGUCCAAGGGUGAUUUCGUCCUGAAUGUGUAAAGUGCAUUAAAAACAUAAGAAUCUAUGUAAGCUAUUAAAAACUAUCCCUCUGCAUUAAAAAAUGAUCCCUCAGUGUUAUUACUUCAUAUUAAUAUCGUUUUAUUGCGUGUUAUCAUUUACUGCUGUAGAUAUUUAAGAUUGAGCAAAUUUUGAAUGAAUUCAUGUACUGAGUUUUUGCUUUAAAAGUCAACCCACAAAGGAAGACUUUCAGUUUAUCACAAAUAUUAGCAUUAAAUCAUAAUUUGGAGGCUACAUGGUUUUCACGAGGCAGGAAAGGUUUGAAAUAUGUAACCAUCCAUGUGCAUUUUUUGUUGAGGUUGCUUGUGUGUGUGUGCAUCUCCCUUCUAUCUAAUUGACAGGAUUUAUCCCCCCCCCCCUAUUGGCUGAGGACCUCAGGAUCGUUAGUGGCUGCACCUGGCUGGAGCUACAUCACCCGCAAAUGAGACAGGGAUGGGCUGUGAGAACUCUCCAGCAUCAUCCACUGUACUUCUAGAAAAUGAUCCAGCACUCUGGCCACAGCUGUCGGAUAGUGCGCGCUGCUCAAUAGUGGAGAGAGGACCACUUCUGUUCUCUCCAUUAAGCAAGAAGUCAGGAAGUCAGUGGAUAUGGAUCUCCUCAUUGCAAGAUUUGCUGAGGCCAACGCUCACAAAAUAAGAAUUUAAGGACAAAAGGGAGAAAAUACAAAGAAAAAGGGACAGGAAGAUGUGUAAAAGGGACAGAAGAGAAAAAGGGAGAGAGAUGAUGUGAAAAAGGGGCAGGAAUUGUGUAUUAGGUUUAAAAUGUAUCUGUAUAAUUGACCUGUAUUGUGUGUUGUCUUCUCAUGACAGCUUCUACUGGCUUGCUGCUACCCACCUUUUGAGAUGUGUCAAGAGGGCUCCAUGCCUGCCUUUGCCUUGGGCCCCAAAUUUCUUAAAUCCGCCACUGGGUGCUGUUAUAUUUUGCCUUGCUCUGUGCCUCUUUUUCUUUGCAGGUGAUUGGCCGGUGGUGAAUAAGAAGGAUCCUGUGGGAGCCAACCGGCCAUGCUGCAUCGCACAGAUCUUUGGGUGGUGGGGGUAGCAAGGGGUCAGCAGUGGUAGAGAGUGAAAAACUUUGUGGCGAUGAAGGUGGUGAAGAGCGCGCAGCACUACACAGAGACGGCCCUGGAUGAGAUAAAACUGCUGCAAUGUGUGAGGGAGAGCGACCCCGCCGACCCCAACAAGGACAUGGUGGUUCAGCUGACAGAUGAUUUCAAGAUCUCUGGAGCCAACGGCAUACAUGUGUGUAUGGUGUUUGAAGUGCUAGGUCACCACCUGCUGAAGUGGAUUAUCAAAUCCAAAUACCAAGGUCUGCCUCUGGCAUGUGUCAAGAGUAUUAUCAAACAGGUCCUGCAGGGUCUGGACUACCUCCACACUAAAUGUAAGAUCAUCCACACGGACAUCAAGCCGGAGAACAUCCUGAUGUGUGUUGACGACGCCUUUGUUAGGCGUAUGGCCAUGGAGGCAACCGAAUGGCAGAAAGCUGGAGCCUUCCCGCCAUCCAGAUCAGCAGUUAGCACAGCCCCCCAGCUCAAACCGGUGAGUAGAACAGAUGUGGGGAAGAUCUCCAAGAACAAGAAGAAGAAGCUGAAGAAGAAACAGAAGCGGCAGGCAGAGCUGCUGGAGAGGCGCAUGCUGGAGAUCGAAUCCCUGGAGAGGGAGGCGGAGAAGAAGGAGGAGAGAGCCAAAUACGGGGGAGAGAAAGGGGAAAAUUACAUUGACCGGUCCUCACCCCUGCAGCCACCGCUGCCAUCACAUCUGGGCCCCAAGAUGGCUGUGGGAGAGAGCGACGAGGAGGACGUUGACGACGAGGAUGGGGAGGAGGACGAGGAGGAGGGAGGAGAUAGAGAGAGAGGGGGGGAGAAGGAAAGGAAGAGGCCCGUCAGGAUGACUAAUUAUACAUGUGCGGUGCCUCCCCAGGAGAAGAACAAGGCGCCGAAUAUUUCAGAUGACGACCCCGAAGAGGAGGAGGACGAAGAGGAGGAAGAGGAGGAAGAGGAGAUGCCCACGCCUACCACAGACAAAGAUUGCCCCAGUCAUUCCAUCACAGAGGAAGGAAAUGUAGAUCCACUACAAAAAAAGGUAGAGGACAAAGAGGGGGAGGAGAGGGAGGAAGCGAAGGAAGAGGAGGAGGAAUUAAAAGGUGUAGAAGAUGAGAAUGAAGAAGCGGCAGGGGAGAAGGUAGAGGAGGAAGGGAAGGAAGAAGAAGAGGAGGAGGAGGAUGGUGAGGACAAGAAGGAGAAAAACACUAAAAAAGAGGACAAUAAGAAAGAGGAGCCAAUGAGUGAAAGCAAAACAGAGGAGGCCGUGGUAGAGCAGAAGGAGUCAAAGGAGCAGGAAGGGGAAGAGGAGGACGACGAAGACGAUGACGACUACACGACAACGGAACUUCUCACAUACACCACCUUCCCGGUCAAACUGCAGAACAACAGAAGCAAUUCGCCCAAAAUCAACGGGCACAUUUUUACACGUUCCGAGGGACUCAAAGCAAACCCCGGCAACCCUGCGCCUCCCCUGCCCAACCCCGAGACACUCCUCGGGCCUCUGGUGGAGUCCAAGCUCAGCUACACAGACCGGGACCACACUCUCAGCUCCGGCUAUGAGAUGUACAAUGGCGACCUGGGCGACCCGGGGCUGACCAACGGUGGCAGCGACCGCCACAGGGCCAUUCUCCCUCUCUUUACCGAAUUGCCCCUGAAUCCUUUGCCGGGGAACCCUGUUCCUGUCAGAACGGCAGACAUUGGGGCGGGCCCGUCCCCCAACAGCCCCGCCGUUGACCGCAGUCGUACCAUGUCCUCCUCGAGCACGGGAGGCACACCCAAAGUCAGAGCCAGAGCAGCUGAUCUGCUGCUAAACCCACUCGACCAGCGAAACGCCGAGUCUAUCCGGGUUAAGAUCGCUGAUCUUGGGAAUGCCUGCUGGGUGCACAAGCAUUUUACAGAGGACAUCCAGACUAGACAGUAUCGUUCCAUUGAAGUCCUGAUAGGAGCUGGUUACAGCACCCCUGCAGACAUCUGGAGUACUGCCUGCAUGACUUUUGAGCUUGCUACAGGAGAUUACUUGUUUGAGCCCCACUCUGGAGAGGACUACUCCCGUGAUGAGGUGUCUCCAACAGGGGCAUUGGAGUUUGCCAAACUGAAGGAACAAACCAAGAUGGACCGACAGAAGAUUGAACACCUUGAGGAGCGCAUUAAUUACCUGGAGGAGGCCAACAAGGACCUGAAAGCUGACAAGGACGUCCUACUUGCCCAAAUUAAGGAAGCCCCCAGCACACUUGCAUCUUCUGGGAAAGCCCCCACUUUGCUUCCCCCAGGCAAGACUGCUCUGGAACCUUCUUCAUCUUCGACUUCAACAUCGACAUCUCCCUCCUCAGACUCCAGCCUCUUAUCAUCCUCAGAAGAAGAAGAGAAGAAAAAGAAAAGGAAGAAGUCCAAGAAAAAGACCAAUAAGUCAAAAACACUCCCUGAAUCAUACAGCCGUUCAAGAAACCAUAUAGCCCAUAUCAUAGAGCUGCUGGGCUGUAUUCCGAGGCACUUUGCGCUCUCCGGAAAGUAUUCUCGGGAGUUCUUCAACCGAAGAGGUGAACUCCGUCACAUCACCAAGCUGAAGCCGUGGUCGCUGUUCGAUGUGCUGGUGGAGAAGUACGGCUGGUCGCAUGAAGAUGCUGGCCACUUCACGGAUUUCCUGCUUCCCAUGCUGGAGAUGGUGCCUGAGAAGAGGGCCUCGGCGGGCGAAUGUCUCAACCACCUGUGGCUCAACUCGUAGCCACCAUCAAAGGCCUCUUCUCCCGGUGUCCCCACCCCCUCCCUUCCCAACAAUUAGCCCAAACAUCAGCCCCUGGUGGCAGGCAGCCCACGGAGAAGCUGGAGACAAACAGUCAGAGAAGUUGAUUGAGAAGUUAUCUCCCCUGCCCAAUCCCUCGCGUCCAUUACACGCUUACCAAAUAACCCCCAAGCCCCUCAUCUUGUCCCAUAAGGAAUAUAAAGAUGAGCGGAACACGGUAGUCUUUCAAAAACAUCUUCACAGAAAAAAAGACCAUUUGAAGAUGGAUGCUGCUCCGCAGCCGUUGAGGUGUCACCCGGUCCCUUUAAUCUGACAGCUGCUGAUCUUUUAAACAACGUGAAGCAAAAGGCUACGAGGAGCUCCAUCUGCCCGUGACCUUUACACAGCCAGGGACUCAAAGACAGAACCCUAUUUGUUUAUUUUUAGAGAGAGCCAGUCCUCCAGGGAGCAUCACACUGACAAAAACAGACAGAAAAAGUACGAGAUGAGGGACAAAAAAAACCCCGCCAUGUGACUGACCCCUCCCAGAAAGGGGGGUCAGUCACAUGGAGGCUGCACUUGUCUUUGUAGAUGCCCUUCAGGGAUUUGAAACCUUUGUACAUAACACUAGGAUCAUGAGAAUUAGAAAAGCGACCGUAGACAAAGGUUGAACAUACAAGCAUCAUUCCAAAAAAAGAAUAAAAACCAAAACCCUGA